GGGUUCGGGAAUUUAAACCUUUGCCUUUUCCUUCGUUGUUUUUUGUUCAAAUUGUUGCACACGCGGCGACAGCAGCAGAAACGGAAGCGACAGUGAGAUAGUGAGAGAGUGAGAUAGUGAGAGAGUGAGAGAGAGAGGGAGAACACGUGGCUAGCCGUGUUGCACAACAUCGUGUUCUGAAUGCAGUUAGUUAUGCAAACAUUGUGCAACACUGGCCAGCCUGCCUGUCAUUCACAGGCUGUACCAACCCUCUGCCUGCCUCCUCGCUCGGCAAACUUUUUCACAAUGGAUCGCGCAACAAAUACGAAUAGAAACCCGCUUUAUGAAUCGAUUCUGGAGCCGCGCAGACGCCGUGUCAUAUUCGAGCUGGCGGUCGCACCGGAGCCGCACAUCUCCCAACGGCCCGAGGACAGCGGCGCCGCGUUUCGGCGUUUCGUGCUGGACGUGCCGAAUCCGCUGGACAAGCGGCUGCUGAUCGUCUCCCUGUUCAAUGGGCCCGCCGAUGCCAACUUUCGCUCGCUGAUGGUCGAGCUGAAUGGCGGCCUGCAGGAGGUGCUGCGCGCCGAGGCCGAUUCUGCGACAAAGGAGGCUGCCAGAGUUGCCAGACCGAUUGAAUUUGCGCACAAGCAGACUAGCGUGACGCCCGCGCCCGCGCUCGAGGGCGGCUCGAGCACAGACACCUCCUCCGAGACGGAGCACUCCCAUUAAUAGCAGACAUCCAAAUACCCUAUGCAAUAAACGUGCCGGCACUUGUCUGCGAUUGACACGCAAAUCGAGCAGCCAUUUAGGCUGUCAGUUAUCCAUAUCAGAAUAUAUAUACAUAUAUAUAUAUCUAUAUCUAUAUCCAUGGGCUAGUCAAGUUGGCAGCGUGCCAGCGCGAGCCAAAUGUUGCUUGCGGCACACACGACUGACUUUUGCCACUCGCUAUUUAACUUCUCCCUCUCUCUCUCUCUCUUUCUCCCCCUCUCUCUCUCUCUCUCUCUUUCUCUCUUUGGUAAAUUACAGGCAACUGCAGCCUGCAGGCGCUUUUAAUCAGCUGAUCGCGGUUUUGUGUGAAUGGCAAAGCGACGCGCGACCAAUCAGAGCAGCCCCUCAAUAACUGUCUAUCUGUGUGUGUGUGUGUGCGUGUG